AAGGAACACCCCCUAUGGCCACGUGACUUUCCUUCUUCUCUUUAACUCCUCAACGAUGUCCGGCUUUUAAGCGACUACUUUAAUCGAUUUUCCUUCCCCAAAAAGACACCAUUUCGCUGACUACAUCAACAUCUUCAUCAUUACGCCGACACGUGUCCUCAAUCCAUCGUCUCCCACUCUCCUCUUCCAACAAAAUCUGCUCUUCUUCACCUUUGUCAGAUUUAAAGUAUCAAAGAUGAUUUCAGUCUCAAGCAAUCCCGGUUCUUAAUUUUGGAGGGUGUUUUUUAAAUGUUUGAAUUUUGAACUUCUGAAAAAAUUUAAACAAAUUGACUCUGGAUAUAUGGAAUUUCACCUCAAAAUCUACCGAUUUCACCUUCUUUAUAUGAAAUUCACCUUCAUACGAUCUUGAUUGCGAAAGGUAUUUCGUAGAAGUUUCGAAUUUCAGGAUAUUUUGGAACCCCACUCUUCUCUUUUGCUUUUGAUUUGGGACCUGAGGUGGGCCAAUCUAACUGGCAUUGGAUAAAGAUCAGCUUUUUGGAUCAGUUUCUUUGCCACACUCCAUUCCAAAUCGAUGCCAGCCUCUUUAAUUCGAUUCAAGUCUCCGUCAAUUGAUUCGGGAUUCAUUUCUACAGAAUCUUUUACAAUUAGUCACUCUAACACCAAUUUAUUAAUCAAGUCUUUAUGUUCUUCAGGACUGCUUGUAAUGGGAGACUUGUAUAUCCAUGGAGGAAUUUCACAUGGCCAAUCAAUAGGUUACAAUAAUGGUAUGGGGAUUGUUAGUCCUUUUAUGCCACAAGCAUUAUUGGAUGACAUUUUUUCCCGUCUUUUGGCGUUGACUUCUUUUUUAAGCAAUCGUUUUAUCCAAUUUUUUGAGGAUCUUAUAUACAGAGACGUUGUUGGAUUCUCUGAAGAUUUUGUGUCCGUUUCUUCCUCUCAAGACCCCGGAUCUUCUAUUUCCACUAGCUGCUCAUCUUCUUGUUCUUCAACAUCAAAGAAUCUUGUUACAGUUCUUGAUGUACAUAAUCAAGAAACUUCAAGUCUUGAGGAUUGUUCACCUUCGGGGUUCGAAAUUAUAGAAAGGAAGUUCUUUUAUGGCGGUAUCCACUUCAUUUUAAAAGGGUUGGAACUCACUAAAUUUUUUGUAAAAUCGGCUUUGGUUCUAGCAUUGGCUCCUUACCGGAUCUCUUCUCAAUGCAUUAAACGUGCACGAAUUCGUGUUAGGAGCAUUAUAUCUCGAGUACAGAUUACUUUACAUGGGUCAUCCACUGAUAUUGGAUGGAUCCAACGGGACCCUAACAUGGAUCCAGUUGAAGAUGGAUCCGCUAGAUUUUUAGAACUUUUAAAUUCAAUAAGGAAUGGAGAGCACAAUCUACCCGAUUCAUACGUGUAUUUACUAAUUCCAGGAUUAUUCAGCAACCAUGGUCCCUUGUACUUUGUUAGCACCAAGAGAUUCUUUUCAAAGAUGGGUUUAGCUUGCCAUAUAGCAAAAAUCCAUAGUGAGGCAUCAGUGGAGUACAAUUCAUGGGUAUUGAAGCAAUAUAUUGAAGAGUUGUAUUGGGGCUCUGGUAAACGUGUGAUGUUGCUUGGUCAUAGCAAGGGUGGUGUGGAUGCUGCUGCUGCAUUAUCGAUUUAUUGGUGUGAUUUAAAAGAUAAAGUUGCAGGAUUGGCGCUUGUGCAGAGUCCUUAUGGUGGAACCCCAAUUGCAUCUGAUAUCAUGCGUGAAGGCCAGAUUGCUGAUAAAGAAACUAGAAGAAUCAUGGAACUCAUAGUCUGCAGGAUCAUCAAGGGGGACAUAAAGUCUCUUGAGGAUCUAACAUACGAGAAAAGAAAGCAAUUCUUGAGCAAACACAAACUCCCAAAAGGAAUCCCACUCAUAUCAUUUCGGUCCGAAGCAAACGUGGGACCCGGGGUGAUAUCAAUGAUGUCACACAUAGCACACGUAGAGCUUCCCAAGCUUCCAUUCAUGGGACCCGGCACUGAUGAAUCGGAAUACGAGGUGGGUCCCAUGGUGAAACACCGCGUUCCGGUGGUGGUUCCGGUGUCUGCCGCCAUGGCGGUGUCAGCUCUCCACCUGCAACUCCGGUAUGGGGAGAAAAGCGAUGGGUUGGUGACAUGUCGCGAUGCGGAGGUCCCGGGAUCGGUGGUGGUUCGACCCGAUCAAAAGCUUGAUCAUGCAUGGAUGGUGUAUUCAUCAUGGAGCAAGAAUCAAACGGGUGCUGAUGCAUGUGAGAUGUGUGAGGCUUUGUUGACAAUGUUAGUGGAGAUCGGAAAGAGGAAGAAUUCUGGGAAUUAGUUUUAUGGAAGACUUUUUUGAUCUUAUAGUAUUUUUGUGGUUGAGAUGAAUAUUGGAAACUACGUACGUAAAGUUUUGUGAGAUUAAAGGG